UUUGAAGGGCGCAUCUAUUAAACUGUCAAAAUUUGAUAAAAACAAAAUAUCAGUGAAAAGCGGCGUCGAUUUGUAUCGUUCACUUCUUGUUCUGCUAAUAAAACUGUUUAAAACUAGCAUUUAAUCCAUAAAAGUCGAGUAAACCUGAAAUUUAUCCUUGUGAAAUAGUAAUCUCCAUCAAUAUACAAAAAUGACAACAGCAAUCGACCCAGAACUGCGCACCAAAAUCGACACCGCUUGCCGGACGGCGGAGGAAUUUACCAAACUCUACUACGAAAGCGUAGACAAGAAGCGGCACCAGAUGGCCCGGCUCUAUAUGGAUAACGGUUUGCUGGUGUGGAACGGAAACGGUGCCAACGGGAAGGAUAACAUCCAGAAGUACUUCCAGGAACUGCCCCGCUCGGAGCACAUAAUGAACACUCUGGACGCACAGCCGAUCAUUGACGAUGCUGUGUCCUCGCAGCUGACCUUCAUAAUCCAGGUUUCGGGAACGGUCAAGUUCCAGGACAAUCCCACCAAACCAUUCCAGCAGACGUUCAUGAUUACGGCCCAGGGCGAUAAGUGGAAGAUUGCCAGCGAUUGCUUCCGGUUGCAGGAUGCAAUUUUUUAAGGGGAAAUGAUUAAUACAAGAAAGCUUCGGAUGGAGAAAA